UUCGCACACCAACCAAUGAACAAGACCGGAAAUGUAGCAAUUUUCUCGCCGCAAAGAAUUUUGGGAUAUCACCGGAAGCAGUGGCUAGGUUUUCGAAGUGUCCUUGCGCACUCACCUCGAAAUAAACACGUUUGCCAAAAUGUACAAGCAACUUAUGGGUCUUCAGCAGCUGUCCAGGCGGACUAUCUCCAGUAGUGCCCGCAGACAGGUGGACAACAUGGUCAAAGAGAAGCAGAAGCUCUUCCAGGCAGAUAACGGGAUUCCAGUCCAUCUGAAGGGAGGAGCCAAGGAUGCUAUUCUGUACAGGCUAACAAUGGCCCUUACAGUCUUUGGAAGUGGAUUUGUCGUGUAUGAACUCCUCAAUGCAGCCAUGCCCAAGAAGGCAUGAGUGCCCUUGUCCAUCCCUACAUUAAUGUUCUCUGUUGUGCAGAUGUAUGAUCUGGGAGAUUAUUUGUCCUGUCAAUAAUGCCAAUAUGUUUCAUGCCUGGGAUCAAUAUUUAUUGAUUGUACAAUUAAUGUACCAUAGAUAAUAAAACUACAAUACGAAGUCA